CCCCACCCACGAUGGGCUCUGUACACUCCAAGCUUGGUCCUGGUGCCAAGCCGGUGCCGCCGCCAUGGCCUGCGGCGGCCAUGGCCGACCUCGUGCGGCUGCUGUUGCUGAUCUUCGAAAUGCAAGCAGCCAUGAAGAAUCGAAGAGCCAAGCCAGCCGCAAGAAGGGAGAUGAAGGUCUCGAAGAAUCCGCCUGCUUCCGCGGGCUCACAGGGAGGCAGGGCAGCCGCAAGACAGGACCAGGCUCUAUCUUCCUUGAGCGACAGUCUGGCUACUGCCCCAACAUCGCAGCAGCGGGGAGGCAGCGGAGCCGCGAAACGGGGACGGCGGAGCAGGCGGGGACGGGGGCGGCGAACGAGGCGGGGCAAGCGCCGAAGGGAAAAAAGGCGUAGGAGGCGGCAAAGGACACGGCUUGCACGCCCAAGCAAGAAGUGCAGGUUGCGGUUCAAGAAACUCUCGGGGACUGAGACCCCGCCGGCGGCAACGGCAGUGGUAGCGGCUUGUGCGCAGACGCCAUGCCGCGUUGAUUCUCUAGAAGAGUGCGCCAAGAUAAUAGAUGCAACAAAGAAUAUGCAUCUAGGAUCUGGGAUUCUCAUUGCUGUCCCAAUUCCCAAGCAGCAUCCCAAGCAGCUAUCAAUUGAUGUUAGACCCAUUACUCUGACAAGGAAGGCGUCUGCUUGGCAAAAUGAUAAAGGAAAGCAGAUUUCUGAUGAUGAACAAUGUUUGAAGCAAGCAGCUAAAUUUUCAGAUGACAUGGAAUACCAGGUUCGAUUAGGAAUUUUGGAGGCUGGUGCUUUCGGUGUCACGCAGACCAGGAACAGGGAAUUCAUCUGGGCUGCUGCACCUGGGGAGACUCUUCUUAACUGGCCUGAAACAAUGCACAUCUUCCCUAGACCUGAUCUGAAAAUCACUCUACCAGACAGUAGGUUCUAUGCAGCAGCUAAGAGCACCAGUCGAUUCUGCUCAGUAACUGUCAAAGAUAAAAUUGGAGAUCUGCCACUGGUGGACAACGGUGCCAGCAAACCAACAAUCCAGUAUGGAAGUGAUCCUGUCUCUUGGUUCCAGAAGAAGAUUAAAGGCGACACACCUUUGUUGAGUGACCACAUAUCCAAAGAGAUGAACAAACUGAAUCUCAUCAAGUGCAAUCACAUCCCAAAGCGCCCAGGCUGUGACUGUCAUGACCUGUUAGAUGAGAAGGUGAAGCUAUCCUCAGGGCAGCUGGUGGAGUUGAUACCUUGGUGCCUGCCCUAUUGGAGGCUAGAUUGGGAGAGCAACUUCCCCACAUCUGUGACUGAUCCCCAGCCAAUGGGCAAGGUCGACAUGUGCUUCAACUCUGAUCAGGAGAGAAUCAUCAGUGUUCGUGAAUGUGCCCAAUCUCAGCUACUGACUGAUGUUGAACUCAUUGCUCGGACAAGGAAGGCUCAUGCUUCGCAAAAGAACAAAGGGAAGCAGAUUUGUGAUGAUGAGAAGGUGAAACUAUCCACGUGGCAGCUGGUGGAGUUGAUCCCUUGGUGCUUGCCCAACACAGCUACAAGGCACAAUCAGAGGGAAGGCCUGUACGGCAGCCUGGAUUGGGAGGGCAACUUCCCCACAUCAGUGACUGAUCGUCAGCCAAUGGGCAAGGUUGGCAGGUGCUUCAACCGUGAUCAGGACAGGAUCAUCACUGUUCGCGAAUGUGCCCAAUCUCAGGAGGAAGGUGUACAUAUUGCUGCAAUGCAGAAUAUUGAGCAACUUUGUAGAUCUAAAAAGGCCAUUAAGCUGGACAUUAAAUUUCCUCAUGGUUUGGUAGAAGUUGAUGCUUUAGAAGAUGACAAUCUGCAAUCAGUUCUCUGCAAGUUAGAAGGUCCAAUUUGCCGGGAUGCAUAUUACACUUGUGAAAACAAAAUAGUCUGCCAAGACAAAAAGUUAUCUGAAACAAAUGUAUGCAAUGGAUCUAAGCUAGUUGCUCAUCCUCGACUGAGGGGAGGAAGUGGUGGGGAAGGAAGUUCCAGACCCACCAGACUCACCAAGACAUCCUUUGCAAAGUAUAUGGAAAAGCAGAAUAAGAAGGAGUUUUUCGAAGCUGUAGAGAUUCCAGAGCCAUUGCAUGUGAAAGAUCAGGACUCGUUUGUUGUUAUGUUAGGUAAAGAUGGUAGAAAAACUCUGUGUCUGAUUUUGGAGUGUCUUGAGAGGAGGUGGAGGAGAAAAAAGUGCUUGAAGGGUUUGUUCAAAGCGGAAGAUAUAUUGUUCUAUGAAGAAUAUGGCAUUAUGGAGAUAGAAUGCAAGGAAUAUGAUAUUGAUGAUGCUGGUUUUGUAUCGGACGCUUCAGCAUUUCAGAGGAUUGUCUUGCAGGAGCACUUCAAGUAUGAGCACAAGAUACACGGGAAGAUUUUCCCUAUGUAUGUGGAAGGGCUGUCAAAGGAGCUGUUGAGUAAUGCUAGAGAGCCUGGGUAUUGUUCUGAUGAAGAUAAGCGAUCAUUGAUACAUAAUAACGCUGCCACAAUGUGUUUUGAGAGAAGAAUUCAAAUAUACACUGCUGUCUUUAGAUACUUGAGGACACUGCGAGGUAAAAACAAAACAAACUUUUGUGAGGCCAUUGAUCCUGGUUCAACUAAAGAGCAUGUUCUAAAGAUUAUUGGCUGGAUUGGACUUUUUGAGUCUACUUCAACAGUACUUUGGGGAAGAUAUAGCUUCAACAAGGAUAGGUACAAAAGAACGUACUUGUCUCUAAUGGAAUUUUCCCGCUGUGUGUUUGAACAUGGCCCAACAGUAAAUGUCAGUGAAAAACAGUGUGAGGCUGCAUUGUAUUUGCUAAACAGAGACCUGUUUCAGCACUUUCACAGGAUUAUACUCACAGUAUAUAAGGAAAUUCCGGUUGUUCCAACUGUACCUCUACCUCAAGUACCUCAGGCUGCUUCUACUUCUUAUGUACCGCCUGGGCUUCGAAGUUCUCGGCUAGCUGCUGACUAUGUCCCAACCUACCCAACCUCAAAUCAUUUCAACGUCAAACGAAUAUACUCCAACAUAAAGCUUUGCAAUGCUUCAAAGGUUUUUGUUAACCCUCAAUUGCAUGAAAAUGGUGGGAAAGGGAGUUCAAUACCCACCAAAGUCUCCUUUGAAAACUAUAUGGCAGCGCAGCAGCAGGAGUUUUUUGAAGUUGUUGAGAUCCCUGACUCCUUGCGUGUGGAAUUGCAGGACUCAUUUUUGGUAAUGCUAGGUGAAGAUGGUAGAACAGCACUCCGGUUGAUGUUAGAGUGUCUCGAGAGGAGAUGGAACAGAAAGAAAUGCUUGAGAGGCUUGUUCAGAACUGAGGAUAUAUGGUACUAUCAGGAAUAUGGCAUCAUUGAGAUAGAGUGCGAUGAAUUUGAUAUUGAUGAUGCUGGAUUCACAUCAGAUGCUUCGGUAUUCGAAGAGAUUGUGUUGCAGACUAACUUCAAAUAUCGCCACAACACAAAGGGCACAGUAUACCCUAUGCAUGUUGAAGGACUCUCUGAACUUCUGUGUAAUGCUACACAACAGCGUGGGUAUUACAGUGAUGAAGAUAAGAGAUCACUGAUCUACAACAAUGCAGCUAUUAUGCCCUUUGAACAGCGAAUUCAAAUAUAUACUGCUGUAAUUCGAUAUUGGAAAAUGUUGAAAGGUGACAACAAAUUGAACUUCUGUCAGGCCAUGGAUCCAUGUACAAGCACAGGGAGGGUUUUAAAGAUUGUUGGCUGGAUUGGACAAUUUGCAACGGGGGCAGACAUAUUUUGGGCCAGAUAUAACUUCGACCUGAAGAAGAGAUACAAGCGAACGUACUUGUCUCUAUUGGACUUCUCCCGUUGCGUGUUUGAGCAUGGCCCAACAGAUAAAGUGACCGAAAAACAGUGUGAAGCCGCACUAUAUCUGCUAAACAACAAGCUGUUUCAGCAUGUUCACAGGAUUAUACUCACAGUGUAUGAAGAAAUCCCGAACGUGCCACAUUUACCCCAACCUCAAAUGCGUCAGCCAGCUUCUGCCACCACUGCUACUGCUGCUUAUGUGCCACCUCAUCUUCGAGGUGAAGUCCCUGAGGAAGCUGCUACUUCUGUAGCACCUACUCGUCGGCUAGCAGCUUCCUAUGUCCCAACAGUAAGAAUUGUCAACCAUUUCAGAGUGAAACGAGUUUACUCCAAGAUCUGAGCUGGAGUUGUAUCUUCUAAGUCAUGGUCCUCAUCUUAGAGACUUGUUUUUAAGAUGUUUAAGCGUCGCUAGUGUUGCUUCAGUGUUGGUCCUGUAGGCCUAAUGAAGCUGCUUGUCUUAUUUCAGACUUAUUGUAAGAUAUUUAAGCUUCGGCGAUAUUGGUUCCCUGAACCUUGUGAUUCAGUGUUGGUCGUGUACGCUUAAUGAACCUGCACGUCUUCUCUUA